AUGUUGCAACAAAAACUUGAAAACAACAAUUUACCAGUUAAUUAUUUACAAUUUCAUGAAAAUGCUUUUGUUAGUCCAUUAAAUUUGAUUAACCUUAGUCAACCUCCACCAUCGACUUUUGGGAAAGCGCCACAUACGUUUUAUGAGACACGUUUAUCACCAUAUGAUGGCCCACAGCGACCGUUAACAUUACAAUCGGUUGAUGCAGAAAAACUAAACAUGUUAACAUUUUUGGCACGACGAAAAUUAAAAGAAGAUCGCUGGAAAAAAAAAGAGAAUGAUAUGAUAGGCGGAAAUGAUGGGUCUACAAUAAAAAAUCGACGAUCAAAUCUACAACAACAACGGAGAAGUUCUUCAACUCGGUCAACAUCAGCAACAAACAUUCCUAAAAAAUCGAUAUUACCCAAAAAGAACGCUUCAGAUAUUAAUUCUUUUAAAAUAAUUAAUCGAUCGGAAACGCCAUCAUCGGUUUCAUUUUCCGUCCCAAGCCGAAUUGAUACAACACCAACAUUAUCUAUUUCUGAUAUAUAUGAAAGCAAACAACGAGAAAUUAUAGAAUUACACAAAAAAUUAGUUUCCUUUUUGAAUGUUUUACAUAAUGAUCCACCACAAAGAGAAAAUAUUAUUGAUGAGACGGAGCAAGAAAAACAACGAAGAAUAAGAUUAAAACGCGAGCGAAUUCGACGUGAUUUACGAGCAACAUACAAUUCACAUACAGAAUUAAAACAAAUAUUGAUUGAAAUGAAACAACCCGAAGCAAAUUUGCAUCGUUUGAUCUAUCGUCAUGUCAAUGCUUAUAAAACGGCAUUAUUGACAGUUGAAACGUUAACAAACGAAGCUCCAAUUAAAUCUAAUGAUUCAUCUGCUCAAAAAUUAAUGAUGUCGUUUUUGUCUAUGUUAGAAACAUUGUUAAUUGUUAAUAAAGCAUUUCAUCUAUCAUCAUUAAAUAUUGAUCCAGAAUAUUUGCAGCCACCACCGGUGAGAAAAUCGAUAAUCAACAAAAACUUUCAGCAACCAAAACAAUUUGAAUCAAAAUCGACAAAAUCACGUGGUUUUAUCGUAAACAAUGAGCAAGACGACUCAUCUAAUCUCUUACCAUCGAUUUAUCAUGAGUUAGUGAAGAAGAAAAAUCGCAAUGAAAGACCUCGAUCGGCAUUGACCAAUCAUCAUUCUGUUCCAUCCGUACUGUAUGGUGAUCGUCAACGAUUGCGACCACUUAGCGCGGACUCAAUACGUCAACGAUUACCAGAAGUGUCAAAAAAAAAACAGCAAAACUUUGCCCGCUCAACGAUAUCCAUAGAAAAUAAAAUAAAUCGACGUGCAAGAAGUCAUUCACCAUUACCUUCCCACAUAUCGCCAACAUCACCACCUCGAUCUACCGGAUAUUCGCAAAAUGAUAUAGUUACAAUUGAUCAUAUUUUGAUGAAAAUUGCUCCACGUUUAUUAACCACUUAUACUGGUCAAGAAUUAUCUGAACAAAUUGAAAAAGCUCGUGUUAUUAUACCAAUGUUUUUAACUGAUGAAUACCUUAGUGAAAAUGAAAUUGUACGUCGAGUCACAGAAAUGCUGAUUCCAAGAAAUCGACAGAGAAUACAACCAUCACCACCACUGACCCAUUAUCAAGUUCAACAGACGCUUGAUAACCAUUCUCAAUCAUCCGAUAUUGCUAUAUUUCAACAGCAAAUUGUCGAAUGGGAAGACGAAAUGAAUAAAAUUAGACGUCGUGUUCAGAAUGUUAAAAAUAUGGAAUUAGAAGAUCCGAUAAAAUCUAGUUCGAAACAAUCGCGAACAGUAACAUUUAAUCUAGAACCACAGUCAACACCAGAACAAAUCUAUCAUGAUGACAAUGUUCAGAUUCAUCCACCGUUGUUUGAACAAGCAUCCAAUGAUACCAUGGAAAAACAUCGUUUAUCACCAUUGUCAAAUCACAGUCGUCCUACUGCUUUUGAAAGAAGUCAUAAAAUGAAACGUUUACGUCCAUUAGACAAGGAAAAAAUUAAUCGAAUUGAGGAAUAUCAAAAACAAUAUCAGAAUUAUUUAUCACGUACUGAUUCGACGAAAACUGAUGAUUUCGACCCCUGUAAAGUAACAGAAAGAUUAUCGGAACUGUUCUUAGACGACGCACUAUGGACGAUUGUAUAUGAACUCGAACACUUAAAUGAGGAAAUUUGUGAUAAAAUGACCCAAAAUGAAAUACUUGGCAAUGAUAUUGAUAAAGAACAAGUAAAGGAAUUGAUUUCAUUCAAAAGAUUAGAUGACUAUCAUGUUGAACAACAGCAACAACAAGUUAAAAAAAGAAUAUCGCCAAAUGAGUAUGAUCGACACUAUUCACCCGUUGAGAAUCAAUAUAAUAUGUCAAGCUUUGAAGAUGAUUUUAACAGUGAGAGCAAACUGUCACGAUCAGAUGAUGAGUAUGAAAAGGAUAGACGAGAAACAAAACCAAAAAUGGAAGGUACUGGCCGUUUUACUACUAUGCAAACAAGACAUUCAACGUCCUCUUCGUCCUCACGUUCAUCUACUCCUUCGUAUAACAUAAAACCUGCUAUUAUUCUUCGACCAACGACCAUUGCUACAUCCAAAACAACUUAUUCAUCUAAUUCUCAACGACAAGAACAAACUAUUAUUAAAAAAUCAUCAGGUCGUUCUUCAACUCCCUCUCUUUCAUCUGACCGCGAUUCGCCUAAACCACAUCAAGGAAAGAAAAGAAUUUCUCAACAUUCGGGCGACGAUAAUAUUCAUGUAAGCGAGAUAACAGGUGAACGUGUCUACUCGUUAGACUUUGAUGAAGUUGGUGCAGGUGGUAGUGAGAUGGGUGCAGAUACAAUGAAAAUAUCAGCUCGCUCAUUAACUACAUUCGAUCACGAUUCUGAGAUAAGUGACUAA